AUGCUUUCAAAAGACCCGGAGAGAACUCGAAAAAUUCUCUUUUCGAGAAACUUCGUCGGAGACAGCGAAAUGGACUUCGACAAAGAAACCCUAGAAGAGCUCUUAGGAAACAUUUCUAUGGUCGCCUCUGUCUACCACAAACUCCCCGAAACUUUUGUACCCAAAACGAGGCCCCCGGGGGCCCCCCAGGGGGCCCCUGGGGGCCCCCCGGGGGCCCCUGGGGGCCCCCCGGGGGCCCCUGGGGGGCCCCUGGGGGCCCCUGGGGGGCCCCUAGAGGGGCCCCUGGGGGGCCCCUCUUUGGGGAGCUUUUCUUCGCAAGAAGAGUCGGGGCAGCAGGUUGUUGAGAGGGCCAGAAGGGCCUUAGAGCAGCAGCAGCAGCAGCAGCAGCAGAGCCGCAGCAGCAGCAGCAGCAGCAGCAGCAGCAGCAGGAGUAGGAGCAGGAGCGCGCUCUCGGACUCCGAAGAAAGCAGCCCUGUGGAUUUGCUAGAUUUGAGCGACUCUUCAAUUUCCGGCGCGUCCUCGAAGGCCUUUUCCGCGCAGCACACUUCAUUGCUUGCAGCAGAAACCCCAGAGGCGAGGCAGCAAAAGGGUUUAGAGAUCACAACUGCUUUCUUCAGGCCCGAGGGCGGGCGCGGGAAACACCCCCGCGUUGGUGAACAGUUUGUUGACUUCGCUGUGCAACAUUUCGCCCUUCUGAGUGGCGCAGCUUUGAAGACUUCAUUGGGUGUAAUUUACUUUCCCAUUUCUUACACUCUUGGAGAUGUUUUAGAAGACAAACCUCCAAUUCAAAAAGACCUUUUCAGGCAGCAGUGGCAGGCCCUCGGCGAGGCCAAACAGAUCCCCAUUUUCCACAACUUCCUAAUGUCAGUACUAGGGCUAACCCAAUCAGAGGCAGCUGCUGCAGAGGCAGCUGCAGCAGCAGCAGCAGCAGCAGCUGCUGCUGCUGCUGCUGCUGCAGAGGCAGCUGUUGCAGAGGCAGCUAAUGCUGCAGCAGCAGCAGCUGCUGCUGCUGCUGCUGCAGAGGCAGCUGCUGCAGCAGCUGCUGCAGCAGCUGCUGCAGCAGCACCUGCAGCACCAGCGACUGCCGCUGCUGCACGAACAGCAGCAGCUGCCGCUGCUGCUGCAGCAACGCCCACAACACCCGCAGCAGCAGCAGCAGCAGCAGCAGCAGCAGCAACAGCAGCAGACUAA